CCAUCUAUCUAUCCAUCAAUGGCCCUCACACUCUUUAACUUUGAGUCCACCCAAAGAGAAGUGGAUUCCAUUUAUUGGCCAAUAUUUUUUUCUGUAAAUUUCAUCAUAUUGGAGUGAAUCUUGAUCUGGGGUUUGGUCAAUUCUCAGUCUUUCUGUUACCUUUUGUUGAAUUUUUCAUAAAGUCCCUUUCUUGGUUUGUUUCUUGAAAUCUUGUAUAACACACUUAUAAUGUUAUAUUCUUGAUUUUAUAGCUAUUCUUGUAAGUUAAACAGGUUCAUAAUGUUGUUUCUUGUGUCUUUUCAAUAGGAGUUGUUUUUCAUAAUCUUGAUUAAAGAUUGUGCUAAUUGUUAAUCUUGGAUCUUAAUCUUAAUUUGUUUCUUAAUGGUCAUACUCUGUAGCUAGGGUUCUAAGUUUAGUUUUAUAACCUUUUUAUUAUGGAAAUUGUGCUCAUUGUUAAGCUGGGUUUUUUAUCUUGAAGUUUAGCUUGUAAUUAGGAUUUGGUUAGCUCUUUGUGCUCAUAGAUAAUCCGGGUCUUGAAUUUUUCUAGUCAUUUUUUAUAUACUUUUUGUAGGAAAAUAAAUUAGACAUUAGAUGUUUAGCAAAAGUACGAAUUUGGUUACGACAGUUAUAGGCUUUGCAAUGAGUGCCACUUUCAUUGUAUUUGUCUGUGCUAGACUGGUUUGCGGGCGGUUUCGUCGAUACGAAUCACGCCAAUUGUUUGAGAUUGACUCAAGGGUUGACCUUGAGAGGCAAGAGCAUAGGGUCGUAGGCCUUGAGCCAGCCAUGGUUGCAGCCAUUCCCACAAUGAAGUUUGACCGUGAAGCCUUUGCUUCCAUGGAGGAUGCUCAGUGCACGAUAUGCUUAGGUGAGUAUCAAGAGAAAGAAGUACUAAGAAUCAUGCCGAAAUGUGGGCAUAGCUUUCAUCUUUCUUGCAUAGAUUUGUGGCUAAGAAAGCAAUCGACUUGUCCUGUGUGUCGUCUCUCUGUUAUUGCCCCAAGCAGCCCCGAGAUUUCAAGGGAGAUAUCGAUGGAGCUGUCUCGUCAGUGGCUCCUACCACACACUGGUCAAGGAAGUAGUCAAAGUCAAAGUGAAAAUCGAGCAGCUUCAGCUGCAGGAAAUGUAGUAGAAGCAGGAACAGAAGCAGAAAGAUGACAGAUAGUGAAAAAGCUGAAAUAUUUAGGCUUGUCUAUCCUUCUUGAAUGCUUGGAGGGUGUACAAGAUUUAAGAGUGUUGUAUAAAUGUAUGGAUUGCCUUUGGUUCUGUAUUGGUUUUCUUUAUUUAUAUCUGUCGAAUUUAACACAGAAUACAUUAGUGGAAGCCUGUAAUCAGUAUUUCUGAAAAUUCAAAGUCAUUGAUGGUUUUCUACUA